AUGAAGAGCACUUCUCCAUUACUUGUGAUAUUUUGCUGUAUAUUGGUAACAGUUGUGAAAUCUGAAACAUGCCUUGGGAACCACGAAAAAUCAAUCUUAUCUGGUAUAAAAUCUUCGAUAAAGAAAUUAGAAGAAAAGUUGGCAGGAAAAUCGCCGAGAUGCAGAGCUGGAUGGAAGGAAUUCAAGGAUCAUUGUUAUUUCUUUUCUACUGACAAAAAACCCUGGCAAGAGGCAGAGAGAGAGUGUCGAAAUCGAGGAGGGUAUCUUACACAAGUUACUGAUUCUGCAGAAAAUUCCUGGAUUGUUUCUAUGAUUACGAGUAAAAAAGUGAUUCAGCAGCAUUAUUGGAUGGGUGCUACAGAUUUUAAGGAGGGUGAUUGGAGAUGGGUCAAUGAUUUGUCUAAUUUUAAAAGUACAUUUUACCAGUUGGAAUUCGGGUCAACCUGA